AUGGCGGCUAUAGUUCGGUUGAGUUCCGUUUGUCGCAGAGGAUUUCACCCUCUGGUCUACCAAAGCACCUUGCUGGCAAGACCUUUGGUUGUAUCACACAAACAUCAAGAGAAGACUCCCCUGUUCACUGCAAGGAUUCAUUCAUCCCACGCUCUAAAUGCGAGCUCUGGCUCCAAAGCCGCCUCUCUGCAUUGGACAGCUGAGCGAGUAUUGAGCAUCCUGCUUUUGGCCAUGGGGCCUGUUGCCUAUUUUCACCCCGUUCCUGCUAUAGAUUACUCACUCGCUGCUGCACUCACCCUACAUGGACACUGGGGUUUAGGCCAGGUGUUAACAGAUUACGUUCACGGGGACACCAAGAUCAAGAUAGCCAAUGCCGGUCUCUUCCUUCUGUCAUCAGUCACAUUUGCUGGUCUUUGCUACUUCAACUACAAUGACGUGGGCAUCUGCAAAGCCGUCGCACUGCUUUGGAGCAAAUAA